ACCCAAGCAUCCAGCAGAGCUCGAGAAGACCGAAUCGAGAUCGAAGCUCAGUACGUAGGAGUACCACGAAGAGCUACAUACAGACCGCAGUGAGCUGCUACUGCUAGCGACAUGGCUUUCGCGCUCAAGGUUGCAUCGACCUCCCAGCCGUCGUCUUCUUCCCCGGCGCCGGUUCGGUCGUCGCCGCACCCGAGGCUGGCGGUGGCAAUCCCGGGGCGGAGGAAGGCAGUGGCGGCCAUCAGGGCGGUCGCCGUGGUGGCUCCGACCGCCCCGCCAGCGCCGGCCAAGCACGCCGGCAAGCGAUGCCUGCCGGUGUCGCAGACCAUGUCUAGGCUCAUGGCGCAGGGCAAGACGGCGUUCAUCCCGUACAUCACCGCCGGCGACCCCGACCUGGCGACGACGUCGGAGGCGCUGCGGGUCCUGGACGCCUGCGGCGCCGACGUCAUCGAGCUCGGCGUGCCCUGCUCCGACCCCUACGCCGACGGGCCCGUCAUCCAGGCUUCGACGGUGCGGGCGCUGGCGGGCGGCGUGACCCUCGACGGCGUGCUGGCGAUGCUCAAGGAGGUGACGCCCGAGCUCUCCUGCCCGGUGGUGCUCUUCUCCUACUUCAAACCCGUCAUGGAGCGAGGGAUGGCCGACUUCGCCGCCGCCGUCAAAGAAUCCGGUGCACACGGCCUUCUAGUGCCUGAUCUCCCUCAAGUGGCCACCACUGCUCUCCGGAGCGAAGCCAUGAAGAACCACCUCGAGCUGGUGCUGCUUACAACUCCAACUACAACGGAAGAGAGGAUGAGGGAGGUCACAGAAGCUUCAGAUGGAUUUGUUUAUCUGGUACGUGCCAGGACUAACCCUAAUUCUUGCGCCUGGAUCAGCCUGAUAACACCUGCUUCCUUCUCCCAAACAAUCGUAUAUAUCACGCAGGUGAGCGUCAAUGGAGUUACAGGUCCCCGCGCAAACGUGAACGCACGUGUCGAGUCUCUCAUCCAGGAGGUUAAACAGGUCACUGACAAGCCUGUGGCUGUUGGGUUUGGCAUAUCCACACCUGAGCAUGUAAAGCAGGUUGCAGAGUGGGGUGCAGAUGGUGUGAUCAUUGGCAGUGCAAUGGUGAGGCAGCUAGGUGAAGCAGCUUCUCCAAAACAAGGGUUGAAGAGGCUGGAGAAAUAUGCCAGGAGCAUGAAGAGUGCACUACCAUGAUGAUUUGUAGAUUAGUAUACAUAGAUACAGGAGAGGUAAAUUAGUCGGAUGACGUGAUAUAUAUAGAACUUGAUUGUCACGUAACGAGGAAAACCACUGAAACGGCCUUUUCCACUGGUACAGAACAAGUCUUUCAUCUACCCUUUAGUCCCGGUCCAGGUUGAAUCCGCGACUAAUGAAAGCAAUGAAAGCACUUUUCAUUGGUUCCGGGUCUAACGCCUAGGGGGCGGGGGACCUUUAGUCCUGGUGGGAGGGAGCCACCAACCGGGACUAAAAGUCCCUAUUUAGUCUUGAUUAGGGUUACCAAUUGGGACUAAAGGUCUCUAUUUAGUCUCGGUUAGGGUUACCAACCGGAACUAAAGGGUUCUUCACGGGUCAGUUUGAAAGGAAAGCAUUCUAUCUAGAGUCACAUGUGCUGUGUAGGUAGGAUGGUAGAAAACUAUACAUGAGGCAGGAGGUCUUACUUCGAUUCUUGCAGACUGCAGGGGUUGGUUGUGCUUGCCAAUUAUUUCUUUUAGCGUUGCAGACCUUUUAAUCUUCAUACCUUUAGUCCUAGAUUGGCUAUCCUGGUUGGGAAACCCGGACUACGUGGGGUUUCCCAACCGGGACUAACGAGCAUCU